GGUUGUGGGUGUAGAUUCUAUACAGGCAAGAUGAUUGAACCGUUUCAGGUGGGUUCUUUCUGGGUCGACGGUGCAACCCCGAGGAAUCUCUACUAACGGUUUAGACUACUUUCGCGGUCCCGAUGACCUGCGAGGGGUGCGUCAAGGAUGUCUCCUCUCAACUGAAGAAGCUGGAGGGUAUGCACGUCUACCUCUGUGCCGUCAUAUGCUGACCCGUCAGGCGUCAACAAGGUCGAGGCAAACCUUAAGGACCAAUUAGUUUUCAUCGAGGGUACCGCGCCACCCAGCUCCAUCGUCUCCGCUAUCCAAGCUACGGGUCGGGAUGCCAUUCUACGAGGAAGCGGGACGUCCAACAACAGUACGUCUAUCACCUGCCUAUCACAGGUAGUGUUCCGAGCUGAUAGAAACAGGCUCCGCGGUGUGCAUCCUCGAAACCCACUCGAAUACCGUCUCCAACAAGAUCCGUGGUCUGGCGCGCAUGGUCCAGGUGUCCCCGAACAUGACCUUGGUCGACUUGACGAUCAAUGGCCUCGCGCCAGGAAAGUAUCACGCCACGGUGCGUGAAGCGGGAGAUAUCUCGCAGGGGGCGGCAUCCACGGGAGGCAUCUGGGAGGCCUUAAAGGCUAAGGUACUGGGCUCGGAGCCAACCAAGGAGCCUCGCGGCAUUUUUGGAUCGGUUGAGGUGGACGACAAGGGCCGGGGCAAUGUAUUUUUGGAUCGCCCGGUAGCGGUGUGGGAGAUGAUUGGACGCAGUAUGGUGGUGUCGGCGAGCAAGGAGGGUCCAUUUCGACGAGAAGACCCUGACACUCUAGUCGGAGUGAUCGCUCGUAGCGCGGGGGUGUGGGAUAACGACAAGACGGUGUGCUCUUGCUCCGGGAAGAAUGUGUGGCAGGAGCGGCAGGAGCAGGUGGCCCAUGGGAUGGUUUAGAGAUGUGGUUGGAGGACCCUAGACUGGCGUGUCUAUGUAUAGCUGUGGUUAGAGUGCAUAGGAGAGGAUACCCACUAUCGAUCGAUCAGCCUUGCGAUAAGGAAUACGAGCAAUCUGAAUGACGCCGGCUCU